AUGCACGUACGACAACACCGCUACCCGUACACAAGGCCUCCCAUUGCACACAGCCGCUCUGUGUUCAACAUCAUCAAUGGCGCGCCCGCGGCUCGUCGCGGUCGCAGCCAUGACGCCGCCGCCACUUUUGCACCAACACAUUCACGCACCGCAAAACAGCUCGCCGACCCACCGACACAGCACAGCCGACAAACAAAAACAACCGCGGCGGCGGCAACAAAACAAAACAAACACCUCGCACCAAGCGUCCGACAGAAAACAAACGGACAGGCACACAGGCCUCUGCUAACGACCACGACACAGCGGCACGCUGCCCCUUUCCCGCCACUCUCGAUUCACAGCGCACGCGACCCCGUCGUCGACGACGACACGCGACGGGCUCGCUUCCCGCAACCUACACCUUUCCGCCACUACGCACGGCUCCACCCGACGCCCGUCGCAACGGCACUACUGCACGCACUAUCACCCCCGCCGCCGCCGCCGCCGCCGCCGCCGCCGCCGCCUCCUCCUCUCUCCCCCUUCCCGUACACAACAACACAGCCAAAAACACACUCACGACCCAAACAUAACAACAUGGCACGUGCAUCGGCGCACACCCCCAACCAGUCACCGUCGACACAACCACACGCAAGGCACGGAAAAACCGGCGUCCUUCCACGUUGCCAUCAAAGCAGCACAAACAACCACACAGGAGGAACCACCAACAACUGCCGGCCGGCCGGCAACCACCAAACGCACAUUCCCGCUCGCCACCACACACCUCUCGGCAGCCGUUUCGCAAAGACAUGA